AUAACGGGGCGCGUCGAGUCGAUUCAAGUACCGUUUCGAGAUCUAUUUUUUUUUUCCUUUUCUUCAAUCAUGAUGAUCUUGAAAAGCUCAACAUGUGGCAUGUUAAGUAGAUCAUGUAGACAAAUAAGAUCUUUUUACACUUUUGAACAAGGAGACUUUUGCAUGCUUCGUCAACUGAAGUCAAGCAAAAAGAUCUUUGUCGGUCCUCUUGAACAGGCAGGCACAAGAAGCCUUCGAGGUGGUGUUGUAGCUCACGAUGACAUUAUUGGAAAAAAGACAAGAUCUAUUCUUAACACACAGGAUGAAAGCUUUAAAUAUAUGGCGCAUUUCCCCACAUUGGAAGAGUAUGUGACAAAUGUGCCAAGAGCAUGUACGCCAAUUUAUCCUAAAGAUGCUGCUACUAUUGUACAAAUGUUAGAUUUGGAACCUGGACAUUCUGUGCUUGAAGCAGGCACAGGAAAUGGAUCAUUAACACUUUAUAUGGCAAGAGCAGUGGCAGGUAAUUCUGCAGGUCGCAUUGAUACAUUUGACAUUCGAGAAUCCCAUUCAAACACAGCUAAAAAGCAUGUUGAACGCUAUGCUCGAGGAAGAUACAGCCCACAUGUCUCUUUUCAUAUUGGUGCAGUAGCUGACCAACUUCCUCUGUUGAUGGAACCAAAAGAGCAAUAUGAUGCAAUUGCCCUUGAUAUGCCUGAACCCAACGAUCAAAUACCUCGACUCUUGCCUUAUUUAAGAAAUGAUCGAUUCAUUGUGUGUUAUUUACCCAAUAUGACACAGGUACUUACUCUAGCAGAAAAGAUUCUUGAUUUACCUUUGGUGAUGGAAGCAUGUAUUGAGGCAGAAUGGAAAGAAUGGGAAGUAAGAGCGACACAUAUCAGAAGUCGUCAACCAUCAGAAGAAAUCAAGCCAGAUGCUUGGGUAUGCAGACCAAAAAAUUUUGAUGUCAAAGGUCAUACUGCUUUCCUUGUCAAGUUACGAAAAUCCGCUUCUGCUCAAUAAAAAAAAACAAUAACAAACAAGAUUCUUUUGUAUAGCAAAUCAAAAUCAAGCAUUUUUUAUCCAAGUUACACAACGAUUCGAUUUAAAUCUGGCUUUGUGUCAAUUUUUUUUUUUUUGUUUCUUCAAGUAUAUAUUUUCUUUCCC